CUCUGGGGAGCAAGGAGGGCUUUAAACGGCCCUGCCAUGAGCAAAAGGGAACCCAAGGGAGGCGUGGCCACGCUGCCGACGGAAGUGGAGCCCACUGCUAGGGCGCGGGGGUCCCCCAGGGCGAGCGGGAAAUCCGACCAUCUGGGCGAGGCCAGCCUAGCGAUGAGGACACGGGAGAACUGCGGGGAGCUGCACCCGUGCCCGCAAGGCAUUGCGGACGCUCAGCAGCAGCAGAGACCCCAAGGAGUCCACGAAUUGGCCACCGGCGCAGACAGCAACAUCAUGGCAGAGCAAGUGGCCCUGAGCAGGACCCAAGUGUGCGGGAUCCUACGAGAAGAGCUCUAUCAAGGCAAUGCCUUCCACCAGGCGGAUACUCACAUAUUCAUCAUCAUGGGUGCAUCGGGUGACCUGGCCAAGAAGAAGAUCUACCCCACCAUCUGGUGGCUGUUCCGGGAUGGCCUUCUGCCCGAAGACACCUUCGUUGUGGGAUACGCCCGCUCCCGCCUCACGGUGGCCGACAUCCGCCGGCAGAGUGAGCCCUUCUUCAGGGUCAACCCCGAGGAGAAGCCCAAACUGGAAGAGUUCUUUGCCCGCAACUCCUAUGUGGCUGGCCAGUACGAUGACCCUGCCUCCUACCAGCGCCUCAACAGCCACAUAAAUGCCCUCCACCAGGGGCCACAGGCCAACCGCCUCUUCUACCUGGCCUUGCCCCCCACCGUCUACGAGGCCGUCACCAAGAACAUCCAUGAGACCUGCAUGAGUCAGACAGGCUGGAACCGUGUCAUUGUGGAAAAGCCCUUCGGGAGAGACCUGCAGAGCUCGGACCAGCUGUCCAACCACAUCUCCUCCCUGUUCCGCGAGGACCAGAUCUAUCGCAUUGACCACUACCUCGGCAAGGAGAUGGUCCAGAACCUCAUGGUGCUGAGGUUUGCCAACAGGAUCUUUGGGCCCAUCUGGAACCGGGACAACAUCGCCUGUGUGAUCCUCACUUUCAAGGAACCCUUCGGCACUGAGGGCCGUGGGGGCUAUUUUGAUGAAUUUGGCAUCAUCCGGGACGUGAUGCAGAACCACCUCCUGCAGAUGCUGUGCCUGGUGGCCAUGGAGAAGCCCGCCUCCACUGACUCCGAUGACGUCCGCGACGAGAAGGUCAAGGUGUUAAAGUGCAUCUCAGAAGUGCAGGCGGACAACGUGGUCCUGGGCCAGUAUGUAGGGAACCCCAAUGGAGAGGGGGAGGCCACCAAAGGGUACCUGGAUGACCCCACGGUGCCCCGCGGCUCCACCACCGCCACCUUCGCAGCCGUCGUCCUCUAUGUGGAGAACGAGAGGUGGGAAGGGGUGCCCUUCAUCCUGCGCUGCGGCAAAGCCCUGAACGAGCGCAAGGCCGAGGUGCGGCUGCAGUUCCGGGACGUGGCCGGUGAUAUCUUCCACCAGCAGUGCAAGCGCAACGAGCUGGUGAUCCGCGUGCAGCCCAACGAGGCCGUGUACACCAAGAUGAUGACCAAGAAGCCUGGCAUGUUCUUCAACCCCGAGGAGUCCGAGCUGGACCUGACCUACGGCAACCGAUACAAGAACGUGAAGCUGCCUGACGCUUACGAGCGCCUCAUCCUGGAUGUCUUCUGCGGGAGCCAGAUGCACUUCGUGCGCAGUGACGAGCUCCGGGAGGCCUGGCGGAUCUUCACCCCUCUGCUGCACAGGAUUGAGCGGGACAAGCCACAGCCCAUCCCCUACGUUUACGGCAGCCGAGGCCCUGCGGAGGCAGACGAGCUGAUGAAGAGAGUGGGCUUCCAGUACGAGGGCACCUACAAGUGGGUGAACCCCCACAAGCUGUGACCCCUGGCACCUGCCCCCCUGCACCCCGCCCCCAGCCGCCCCAUCUGUGUCUUGUCUUUCACAACACCCGGCCCCGCGUCGGGAUGACUUUGGGACCAUAGGCCUCAGCCUCGCAUUCCUGGCCCCUGGCUUGGGGCACCCCCUCCACCCACCGCGGCUGCCACCGCCGCCGCUCCCGGAGCCCGGCUACAUUCCUCAGCCGCCAAGCACUUGAGACUCACUGUGACCUCCCCAGGCCACCGCAGCCCUGCCUGAGCCAGCUGGCUCCACAGGACCUAACCCAUCUUCCCCUCACUCGAGCCCCAGCAGAAGGAAGAAGAGAGCGGCCUGCCUCUCUGCCCCAGGGCUCCUUGGGCCAGUAAUGGCCGGAGCAGGAAGUUAGGGACACGGAGGAGAGCCCAUGGGCCUCAGUGGAGCAGUGGCCGCACCGCACUCCCUCACGGCUGUGGGCAAUCCUCUGGUGGGAAGGGCACGCAUGUGGCCACGUGAGAGCGCCUGCCUGCAACCAUGCCCACCUCAGUGCCACUCCACAUUCCUCGUCGCCAGCCGGAAGGGACCUCGUGCUGCCUGGCAGUGUCUUGGGCCUCCUGCACUCCACAGCCUCUCCACCGCAAGCGCAGGCAAAGCAGAAGCAGCAGCUGGGACCCUCCACUUUAACCCCUGCCAUUAAAUUUGCAAAGAGCCCCA